AUGCCCAAACUGUCGAGCAGCAAGGCAAAGGCGGCAGCCGCAGCGGCGAGCGGGCCACCGGCGCUGUACGGCGAAGACCUCAGCGGCCCACCUCUGGUUGUGGAGGUCAACGCACCAUCAGCUUGGACAGCGACAACCGGUGCCGAUGCCUCCAGUAACGAGGAGUGCUUGACGGGCGGCGCGCGGUGGGGCCACGCGGCAAUGCUGUCGCCUAGUGAGUCAGUGCUCUGCAUCGUUGGUGGCACUCCGUGCCAACGACCACACGCAGCGGAACAGGCUCCAGUUCCAGUAUGGGAGUACACCGCGGUGACUCCAUCGAGGGUGCCAACAGCCAUGAGCGCCUCCGCCAUCAAAGUGCCUGUUGCUGCGGCGGCGGCGCCUGCUGCUGCUGCUGCUGCUGCAUGCGCAUGGAGGGCGGGAGCGGCACGGCGGGCAGUGCAGCAGGAUGCGAUCCACGGUGCGCACGCCGGGGCUGCGGAAGACCACGACUGGCCGCUUUUCGCCUGCUGGUGGGCCUCAUGGCCGUCGGGAAACGGUGCCGACGGGCCGUCGGUGAUGUACGCCGACGGUGGCUGGAGCGGUGCUCGUCGUAUUGCCGGUGUGCGUGCGUUCGCGACCGGCGCCAACGGAGACCCCAGCUUCACGUCCCCACCGUCAUCUGCCGCGGGUAUCAGCAGCACCCGCAGCCACCAUAGCGUCACGUGUGUGCUGGGUCGGCUACUCCGCUUCGGGGGCGAGACGCAGCAAGGCACCGCCGCAGCGCUGGAGGAGAUCGACGGCGCGUCCGGGAGCUUGGAUGAGAAGCAGCAGGUAGACGGGGAGCACAGAAACGCCGAGGGUAGAGAAGCAGCAGUUCCCGAGCCUACGAGCACGACACCCAGGUUGCCGCCGGCCCUUGGUCCGCCGCCACCGCGGGCCGCGCACGGCGCGUGCAGCCUCAGCCAACGAUACAUGGUGGUUGUGGGUGGCCGACAAGUCCACACGCAAGCGGACGACACCGGUGCAGUAGCCUCCGGCGCGUCGGCUGGCAAGGGGGCACGCGCGAAGAAGAUUACCGCGAUGCGCGCGUUGUCACCGGGUAAGCGUGGUGGCGCAUCUGGCAAAGAUGGGAAGGGCUCCCCUGACGCUCUCGAGGCGUCUGCCCUCGCGUCCGCAACGCUCACCACGCUGAAGGAUGUGGCCGUCUAUGAUGCCAAGCUCGGCGCGUGGCUUCCGGUGCGUGUGGUGGGAGGCGGCGCGGUACCCUGCGCGCGGUACGCAGCGGCUGUCGCAGCAGUGCCAAUGCCUGGCGCCGCCCCACCGACAAGCCGCCACCGCAGCCUCGUCGCGGAUGCCGUGCAGCGCGAGGUGCUGGUCGUCGGCGGCCUCGACGCCGACGGCGCCAUAUGCGCGGACGCGUGGCUGCUGCAGGUAAUGAGCGGCGCCGACGCAGAGCUUGCAGAGGUGCCUGCUGGCACGCCGGCGGACAGCGCGAGCACGGCAGUGCCAGUGGUGAAGAUUCGCUGGGUUCGACUGGAGUUACCGAAGGCGGCGGCUUCUGUGUUUCAGCGCCACCACGCUGCCGUGGCUGUCUCAAGUCAGCGCAUGGUGUACCUCGUUGGGGGCUGUGGGCCGCAUGGCGCAGCGGAGCCGUGCGUCUGCACGCUGCAGCUGCCACCCCUGACAAGCGCGUCGGUGCGACUCGCUGACGAGGCCGGCGGGGACGCAGAGGGCGCCGCGAUGCCCAAGCGGUCAUCCGCAAGCGCCAAGGGUCUCACGGCAUAA